UUUGAUCGACAAAUUGGUGGGACUUCGUACUAACUAUAAGCUGUGUUUGAUGAAAAUAUUAGUUAAAUGUGCUUAUGGGCCAACGGUUGCUUCUUUCAACAUUAUAUGGAGAAAUUGAGACGUAUUGCUGAGAAUGGUAGAGUUGAUAGUAUGUUGGAUGGUUUGCAAAAUGAUAAGUGGGCCAAUGCAUUUUUUAGAGGGAAACGAUAUGGUGAGAUGUUAUCUAAUGCUGCCGAGUCUUACAAUAAUUGGAUUGGUGGGGCCCGUGAGUUGCCUAUUACUUGUAUGGUUGAUAUGAUUAGGGUUCAAAUCAUGACUCAAUUGUCGGAUAGAAGAGCUGAAUCUAGAAGAUGGACUACGAAAUUGUGUCCAGUUAUGGAAAAGAAGUUGGUGGACUCUUUGGAGCUAGCUAAGUCUUGGGAUGUGAUUGUUGCUAGUGAUACUGUGCUUGAGAUUGUUUUAGAGAGUCAUACAAGGAAUCUGUUUAUCCAGAGUGAGAGAUUUGACUUUGAUGGUGCCAGUAGUUCGGUUAUCAAAGCUCCUAUAACGAAGAAGCAGCCCGGGCGGAACAAGAAGAAGAGGAUACCUUCUAGGGGUGAGAAUGUGAAGCAAAUCAAGUGUGGGAGGUUGCCAGUUGAGAUAUUGGUUGAUAACAUUGCAGACGGCGAUUACACAAUCAUUCCUGCAGUGUUUGAGAUGAAGUUAAUUAGUUAG